AUGACCUCGACUUGUGCGGAUGAGCCUCGGGAGCGCAGGACUAUGAGGAGGUCGAGGUUCGGUUGCCGGAAUUGCAAGCUUCGGAAACUCAAAUGCGACCAAGGGAAACCGGGGUGCAAGAGAUGCGUCUCGUUCGGCGUGAUGUGCAACUUCUUGUCCACCAACGUGCCCGACCUGCAGCCCAUCGUCGCCGACACUGGGGGCCCGUUGGAGGUUGAGGUUCGAGGGCGGACGGGGAUCCGGCCGCCUCUCAGCAACGCCGUCUGGACGUCGGACGCAACGGCAUCUUUUCAACUGAAUGCCAAGUGUCAAGAUUUCAUCACCCGUUACCUCGGACGGAGUCUCCUCAGUCCCGACGACCCUAGCAUGGCACAAGUCAACCGUAGGCUGCUGGAACUCGCCUUUACUUACCCCUAUCUGAUGCACGCCUCCCUGGCCGUGGCAUUCACCUAUGACCGCUAUCUGAACGGCCCCUCGAGCUGUCGCCGCACCCAGGAGGAGUGUUUCCACUGGUCCCAGAGCACCGUCCUCUUCAACAGGCGGCUGAGGCAGCCCGUCGAGGCCAGCGACAAGGACAGGGACCCCAUCUGGGGCACCGCCGCCGCCCUGGCCCUGCUGUCCUUCUCGUCCCCCGACGCGUCCGCGCCCGAGCAGGCGUGGCCGAUGAGGCCGUCCGGCGCCUCCGACAUCGAGUGGCUGCGCAUGAGCAAGGGCAAGAUGUCGCUGUGGCACACGGUCGACCCGCUGCGGCCGGACAGCCUCUUCUGCGUCAUGGCCGCCACCUACGCCCACAUGCACGCGCCGCUGCCCGAGGAGGGCGUGGGCGGCGUGCCGGCGGCCCUGGCUGCCGUGUGCGGCCUCACGGACGCGUCGUCCGCGGCCGAGGGGAACCCGUACUUCCACGCCGCCCACGCCGUGUCCCGGAUCCUCGACCUGCCGGACCGCGAGGUCACGACGGGCCACACCCAGCUCUUCAUGCAGACCAUCCGCGGCGCUUUCAAAGACCUGCUCGUGGGAAGGGAUCCCGCGGCGCUGCUGCUGUUCUAUCUGUGGUACCGCGCGACGAGCCGCGCCAUUUGGUGGAUCGACCUCAGGGCCAGGGUGGAGUGUUCGUCCAUCUGCUUGUACCUGCGCCUCUAUCAUGGGGACAACGGUGCUAUCCAGGCGUUCCUCCCGGGAGGAGCUAUGGCUGAGAGGUGGGAUCAGGCAAGCCUUUGA